AUGACCAUUAGCUAUUCGGAUACGUUUGUGAAGUUGUUGUUUCGAUGGAAAGGCUCGCUGUGGAAGGCAAUUUGGCGGCAUUUACUUGUGUUUUUAUUAAUCUACUAUACAAUAAAUGGUAUCUAUAGGUUCCUAAUGACUCCCGUGCAACAAGAGGUCUUUGUGAAAUACGUGGUGUUGUUCGACAGUUGGACGAAAGAAAUUCCAUUGACAUUUCUUUUAGGAUUUUAUGUAGCGAUGAUUAUUCGAAGAUGGUGGGAUUGCUGUCAACUAAUCAGCUGGCCAGACCACUUACUCUACAAUGUGUCGGCACUAAUCCGAGGAAAUGAUGAUCCAGUAGCAUUUGAUUUUCAGGCGGAAACACGAAUUAUUCGUAAGACGAUGGCUCGAUACGCAAUUUUGUCGUCGGUACUGGCCUGGAGGAGCAUAUCAUUGCGUGUUCUCGCGAGGUAUCCAACAGAAAGGCAUUUACUCGAGUCUGGUCUAAUAAACAAAGAAGAAAUGGAAUUAUUCAGAAAAAUUCAAGUGAACGUGGAUCCGCACCAGAAAUGGUUCGUGCCGAUAAAUUGGAUACAAACGAUGAUGAUUCGAUGCUUCGAGAGAGGCAUAUUGAGUCACACGAACGAGUUACGCGUGUUGUUGGACGCUCUUGAGAAGUAUCGAAAUGGUUUCUUCCAACUGUUCAUCUACGACUGGAUUGCUAUUCCACUCGUAUACACACAGGUUUCCACAAUAUCCGUGUAUGGAUAUUUCGCAUUUGCAUUAAUUGGACGACAAUUCCCCAGUCAAAACGAAUAUCGAGAAGUGGUAGAUUUAUACGUGCCAAUCUUCACGAUUCUUCAGUUCUUGUUUUAUGUCGGUUGGCUGAAAGUUGGCGAGGAUUUGAUGUUCCCCUUUGGUGCUGAUGACGAGGAUUUUGAAUUUAACUAUAUUUUAGAACGUAAUCUAGAGAUAGCGUAUCUGAUUGUUGACGAUCUCCACAAUCAAGUUCCACCAGUAUAUGUGGAGUCAUUAGAUGAAAAAUUAAUGCAUACGAAAGCGUCUAUUCAAUUGUCAAAUCAUCCUCAACGUCAGCAUUUAAGAAAGUACAAAUUAGAUCCGGGCGCAAUGAUGAUUUCGAGGGAACCAUCAUUGAAAAGAGGUAAUACAAUUGAUUUGAACAUCUUUUCCAAAGAUAUUUUUUGUCUAAAAAAUUUACAUCGUGUUAAAAGCAUUCGAUGUCGCGGAUAA